UCUUUGCUUUUUCUCUCUGUGUUUCUGUUUCUUGCUGUGUUGCAUAAUGGCUGUUUUCACCUUUAAUUGUCCAGAGAUUAAGCAACGACAUCAUUAUCAUCCAUAAUGGCAACCCAAGGGUUUAUAAUAUCGCCAGCGAGGAGCUGAAGGAUGUGGCUUGCUCUGUUUGGAUGAUGUGGGAUUGCCUUAAGCAGAAAGCUUAGUGUUUUCGGAUAGCCUUAGCAGCAUCACUGAUGUAGCUCUGCCAGUCCGUUUCACUAGUAGAGGAGAGUAACGGCAUAAAGGGAGUGAGAGAAAUAUAUUGAAGAGCUGGUAUUUUGAAAGAAGCACGCUCAUCUCUUACCAGUGGAGAGACCUGAUGUUAUAUUUGCUGGCCCAGAAGAUGCCUGAGGGAUAGAUAGCCAAGUGUGAUGCUUUGUUACAAGGCAGGGGAUGCUCUCUGGGAAUAAAAAGGUCAUGCAUCUUGGAGUCGGUGAGCCAUUCCAGUCUCUAAGUCACCAGAGAAAUGAUGAAGAAGCAGUGGUGGACAGAGGAGGAACACGCUCUAUUCUCAAAACACAUUUUGAAAAGGAAGACUUAGAAGGCCACAGGACUUUGUUUAUUGGUGUUCAUGUGCCAUUGGGAGGGAGGAAAAGCCAUCGACGUCACAGACACCGUGGACACAAACACCGAAAGAGAGACAGAGAACGAGAUUCAGAACUAGAAGACGGCAGGGAGUCUCCCUCAUUUGACACCCCUUCACAAAGGGUACAGUUUAUUUUGGGAACAGAAGACGAUGACGAGGAACACAUUCCCCAUGACCUGUUCACAGAACUGGAUGAACUUUGCUGGCGUGAAGGAGAGGAUGCCGAAUGGAGGGAGACAGCCAGGUGGCUGAAGUUUGAAGAAGAUGUUGAAGAUGGGGGAGAGAGGUGGAGUAAGCCAUAUGUUGCCACUUUGUCGCUUCACAGUUUGUUUGAAGUGAGAAGUUGUAUCCUCAAUGGCACAGUGUUACUAGACAUGAGGGCAAAUUCUUUAGAAGAAAUUGCAGACAUGAUCCUUGAUCAACAAAUAAGCUCAGGACAGCUCAGUGAAGAUGUCCGACAGAGAGUACAUGAGGCUUUGCUCAGACAGCACCAUCAUCAGAAUCAGAAGAAGCUGAGCAAUAGGAUCCCAAUUGUUCGAUCUUUUGCUGAUAUUGGCAAGAAGCAGUCGGAACCACAUUCCAUGGACAAAAAUGCAGGUCAGCUUGUUUCUCCACAGUCAGCACCAAACAUUGAAACCAAAAAUGAUGUGAGCAGAGAAAACAGCACUGUUGACUUCAGCAAGGGACUAGGAGACCAACAAAAAGGGCAUAACAAUAGUCUAUUUGGGAUGAAACAAAGACAUGAAAAAGGACAUCCGCAUCAAGAGGAGAGAGGAGAGGUUGAUAUGCAUUUCAUGAAAAAGAUCCCUCCUGGAGCUGAGGCUUCAAACAUUUUGGUCGGUGAGCUUGAAUUCCUGGAACGUGCAGUAGUGGCUUUUGUUAGGUUGUCUCCUGCCGUACUGCUUUCGGGACUGGCAGAGGUUCCAAUCCCGACAAGAUUUUUAUUCAUUCUCCUGGGACCUCUAGGAAAAGGCCAACAGUACCAUGAGAUUGGCAGGUCAAUUGGAACAUUAAUGACAGAUGAGGUGUUUCAUGAUGUUGCAUACAAAGCUAAAGAUCGGAAUGACUUGCUUGCUGGAAUCGAUGAGUUUCUUGAUCAGGUGACUGUUCUUCCUCCUGGAGAGUGGGACCCAGCAAUUCGUAUAGAACCUCCCAAAAACAUUCCUUCCCAGGAAAAGCGUAAGAUUCCCAGUGUGCCGAAUGGAACUGCUGCCCACGGAGACCCAGAGCCACUUGGAGGACACUCAGGGCCAGAAUUGCAACGUACUGGAAAGCUUUUUGGGGGCUUAAUUUUAGAUAUCAAGAGGAAAGCACCAUUCUUUUUGAGUGACUUCACGGACGCAUUCAGUUUGCAGUGUCUCGCAUCAUUUUUGUUUCUCUACUGUGCGUGUAUGUCUCCUGUUAUCACGUUUGGCGGUCUUCUGGGAGAAGCGACGGAAGGUCGUAUAAGUGCAAUAGAAUCUCUAUUUGGUGCGUCUAUGACUGGGAUAGCCUACUCACUUUUUGGUGGGCAGCCACUUACCAUCUUGGGCAGCACAGGACCAGUCCUGGUAUUUGAAAAGAUAUUGUUUAAAUUUUGCAAAGAUUAUGGGCUAUCUUACCUUUCUUUGAGAGCAAGUAUUGGCUUAUGGACGGCAAUUCUGUGCCUCAUUCUGGUUGCAACUGAUGCAAGUUCCCUCGUCUGCUACAUUACUCGGUUUACGGAAGAAGCUUUUGCAUCCCUUAUCUGCAUCAUUUUCAUUUAUGAGGCCUUAGAGAAACUCUUUCAUCUCAGUGAGACAUAUCCAAUCAACAUGCAUAAUGAUUUGCAGCUACUGACACAAUACUCAUGCAGCUGUGUGGAGCCAAGCAACCCCAGCAAUAAUACUUUACAAUUUUGGGCAUCCAAAAACAAGACUUCAGAUGACAUAACUUGGGGAAACCUAACUUGGAAAGAAUGUGAACAUUGGCAAGGGACAUUUGUAGGACGAGCCUGUGGACAUCAUGGUCCUUACGUCCCAGAUGUUCUCUUCUGGUCAGUCAUCUUAUUCUUUUCUACAGUUACUCUGUCAUCCACACUGAAGCAGUUCAAGACAAGCCGAUAUUUCCCAACCAAGGUGCGGUCUGUAGUGAGUGACUUUGCUGUCUUUCUUACCAUCCUGUGCAUGGUCUUAGUUGACUAUGCCCUUGGAAUUCCAUCACCAAAACUUCAGGUUCCAAAUGAAUUCAAGCCUACCAGAGAUGACCGUGGCUGGUUCGUCACUCCUGUGGGCCCCAAUCCUUGGUGGACAGUGCUGGCGGCUCUAAUUCCAGCACUUCUUUGUACUAUUUUAAUAUUUAUGGACCAGCAGAUUACAGCAGUUAUCAUAAAUAGGAAAGAACAUAAACUAAAGAAAGGCUGUGGCUAUCACCUGGACUUGCUGAUGGUGGCCCUCAUGCUUGGCGUCUGCUCUCUCAUGGGCCUGCCCUGGUUUGUAGCUGCCACUGUCCUCUCCAUUUCUCACGUAAACAGCCUGAAGCUGGAGUCAGAAUGUUCUGCUCCAGGAGAGCAGCCCAAAUUCCUCGGCAUACGCGAACAACGGGUUACUGGGCUCAUGAUAUUUGUCCUCAUGGGAUCGUCUGUUUUUUUGACCAGGGUUCUUAAGUUUAUUCCCAUGCCUGUGCUUUAUGGUGUAUUUCUGUAUAUGGGUGCCUCCUCUCUAAAAGGAAUUCAGCUUUUUGAUAGAAUCAAGUUAUUCUGGAUGCCUGCCAAACACCAACCAGACUUUAUCUAUCUGAGGCACGUCCCUCUCAGAAAAGUUCAUCUCUUCACAGUAAUCCAGCUGUCCUGCCUGGUUCUUCUGUGGGUUAUCAAGGCUUCAAGAGCUGCCAUUGUGUUCCCUAUGAUGGUCUUGGCACUGGUGUUUGUCAGAAAACUCAUGGACUUAUUUUUCAGUAAACGGGAACUAAGCUGGCUUGAUGAUUUGAUGCCAGAGAGCAAGAAGAAAAAACUUGAAGAUGCUGAAAAAGAGGAGGAGCAAAGUAUGUUGGCAUUGGAAGAGGAAGGCACAGUGCAGUUACCACUUGAGGGGACCUACAGAGAUGACCCAUCUGUAAUAAAUAUUUCUGAUGAAAUGUCAAAAACAACUGUGUGGAAGACAAUGUUAAUAACAGAGAAUACCAAGGAUAAGGAGUCCAGCUUUCCUUCUAAAAGCACUGAAGGCCGAAAAGAGAAGAAAGGUGACUCAGGGAAAGGUGUGGACCGCGAGACUUGUCUAUGACAUGCUCUACAGUUUGUUUUGUUUUUUAUAUAAGCGAAUGCGAGGAGUGCCACAAACGUAACUGUACCCAGUAUGAUCAAUUCAUUGUGCGUACAACCUGUCCUUCCUCCCACAGUAGCACUGGUAAUGUAAGUAGUGCAAUAUGUGUUUCAGUUCACUGUCUUGUUUAUCCACUGGCCAUACUCCAUGCCAGAAUCGACCAUCGCCAGUGAAGGGAUCCUGCGCUUUCCUUGCUGGGGUGCAAGACCCUUUGAACUUGUGUCCGUUCAAGAAAUGAGCAAUGUGUCUGUUCAAACUUCUCUUGCAGUAGGUUUGGACUGUACUUUUCCUACUUUGCCUGUGCAACGUAUGGUCCUAGCUUUCUCCAUCUCCGAAAGCAAACUUGAAAUAGCACCCCAUUCUUUUUUCUAGUGUAGCUUUCAGCCAGCUAUUUCAAGAGACCCAAAGUAACAAUGAACUGCUAGUUUUAGAGCUAUUUUUGAAACAAGGAGCAUCUCAAUCCUGCAAAGCAUAAGAGUAACUCCCACCCCUCAUCAUUAAAAUCAUGGCUUUUAUGUAUGUACGUAUGUAUGGAAGGAUGUGUGUAUGGAAGUAUGUGUGUGAGACUAAUUGGAUCAGACCCUAUAUUUGUGCAAUUUUCCUUGAUUUCAUACUGGAUAUUUAAUAUUUAAAUUUAUAUGUAACUGGAAAAAAAUAAAGUAAUAUAAUAUAUAAAGAUAUGUAGGCUAUAGUAAAACAUUCUCUCAUCUUGUUUGGAAGAAAAGCCACAUCCGCCGAUGUGCAAUAUUCAUACAAUAUUUGUUGUGAAAGCAAGCUGUUAUUGCAAUAUCUUGUACUGUACUUAAUGUUGCAGUGGUGAGUUUUAACAGCUGCAUUGUGGUGGUAAAACAAUCCACAUUUUUCUAGCUUUCCAGCUUCAAGUCCUUUACAGGCAAGUGCAGUAAGGCUACUUUCCUUCCUCCCAGGGCUGAUCCGUGAGCCCACGGAUGCUUCAAACCUUUGAAUACUCUCCUUACAUUCCUUUAUGAUGUUCUGCACUUAUCUGGUUAUGGAUAGGUACUGAUUUGAUCCAGGUAUAAAUUCUAUGUCUAUUUUUGCUAGAGUGCUUAUUUCAUUAUUUUAUCAGAUGUUUGCUAUUUUUUUACAAAAUGCAUUGUAUGCAUUUGCAAUUGGUCAAUAAACUCUGGAUACCAUCUGGCCAAAGUUAAGCAGUUUGAGACACAAUGGAUUUUGGAGGAAGUCAUUUGGGCAUGUGCUUAUCUCCGAUAUCCAUGGGACCAAAAUAGGUUUUAGAUCAUGCCUUGAUUGUAUUCCCCAAUGGAGCUUGAAAUCACAAUUUCACCAAAAUGAAUGGGAAUUGUGAAACAAAUUUCAGUAGGCCAAGGUAUUACCAUAAUGCUCCAGUUUUGCAGACCUUUUUUGGCAGUUGAAUUGGAAUUUUAGUGUGAAAGGCAAGCAUUUCCACAGAGGUUUGAAUUUAGACUUUUUUGUAUAUGCCAUAUAGACUGUGUUGUCUUGCUAAGAGUUUUAACAGUAGCUAAACUAUGGUUUUUAAUAUCAGAACAUAGUGGACUCUGCUCCAGAAAGGACUUUCCCUCUAUUUGUUUUCCUACAGGCAACAGAGAAAGUUUUUGAGGAAAUUUAUUAGAACUCUUUUUCUCUCCUUCCAUUAUUCAAAUUUGACAGAAAUUAGGCGGAAAGCACCAACCACCACCUAUCGUGAAAGGGUUGUAUACCAACCGUCACCUAUAGUGAAAGGGUUGUAUACCAGCCACCACCUAUAGUGAAAGGGUUGUACUUUGCUGGGUAGAUCUAGCCAUAG